AGCCUAGGGACGCGGAAAACAUACCUCUCGCACAAACGGCGCCGCAGAUCGUGCGAUGUCCCAAUCGGAGAAGGCCAUCAGACCCUCCCGCGCCGACGAUGAGGAGCAGAAUUUCGACGAUGAAGUCGGAAGACUCUCCCGACGACUGACCCGGGCCUCGAGCACGAUCGACCAGGAUAUCAGGGCAUACAACCCCGAGCUGGGCACCCACCUGGACCCCAAAUCACCAACCUUCAAUCCGCGCGAAUGGGUCAAGGCACUCCUGCGCCUCUACGAGGCCGACCCCCUAUCGGCGCCUGAUCGGUUUCUCGGCGUUGCGUUCAAGCACCUGAGCGCCUAUGGGUGGAGCACUGGCGUGGAAAGCCAGCCCACCGUCUCUAACAUGGUCACCAGCAUCCUCUCGUCCCUGGCGGGCUUGGUAGGUGCGAAGCGGCAGGGGAAGCGAAUUGAUAUCCUGCGGGACUUUGACGGUGUUGUCGAGCAGGGUGAGCUUCUGCUUGUGCUUGGGCCGCCGGGCUCCGGGUGCUCGACGUUUCUGAAGACAUUGGCGGGCGAGACUUCCGGGUUCCGGGUGAGCGAGGAAUCGUACUUGAAUUAUCGAGGCAUCGACCGCAAGCAUGUAUUGAGGUCCAUUCGCGGCGACGUCCUCUACAACGCAGAGGUGGACUCGCACCUGGCCCACCUCACUGUCGGAGAGACUCUGUCCUUCGCUGCACGAUGUCGCUCGUUGCGUCACAUUCCGGGCGGCUUCUCACGCGAGCAAGCCGAUACCAUGAUGCGUGAUGUCAUGAUGGCUGCCUUUGGUAUCGCCCACACCGUGAACACCCGCGUCGGUGAUGACUUUGUGCGCGGCGUCAGCGGUGGCGAGAGGAAGCGCGUUAGUAUUGCCGAAGCUGCGCUCAGCGGAGCCAAGUUUCAAUGCUGGGAUAAUUCGACUCGGGGCUUGGAUAGUGCCAAUGCCAUUACGUUCUGCAAGAGUCUGCGCUUGCAGGCUGAUUUGAUAGGCGUAGCUGCUGCUGUUGCUAUCUAUCAGGCUCCGCAGGCUGCGUAUGAGCAAUUCGACCGGGUGAUCGUUCUGUAUGAAGGGCGUCAGAUUUUCUUUGGAAAGACAACGGAGGCCAAGGCCUACUUUGAAAGCCUGGGGUUCGAGUGCCCCCCUAGACAAACAAUACCCGACUUCCUCACAUCCAUGACGAGCCCAGGAGAACGACGUCCCAAGCCCGGAUUCGAGAACCGGGUACCCCGAAGCCCCAACGAAUUUGCUGCGAGGUGGCGUGAAAGCCAAGCCAGGCAGAACAUCUUGCACGAACUAGCAACAUAUGAAGAGAACCACCCAUCUGCAGAACGCCUUGAAGAAUUCAACAAAUCCCGCCGUGCCGAACAGGCAAAGAGCCAGCGCCUCAAGUCCCCUUAUAUUAUCUCAUACAAGCAGCAGGUGGGCUUAACCCUAUGGCGCGCCUACAGAAGGCUCCUUGCAGAUCCUGGAUUCACUAUUUCUUCUCUCCUGUUCAACCUUAUCAUCGCGCUGCUUCUUGGGAGUAUGUACUAUGACCUGAAACCCGAUACUUCGUCGCUCUACUACCGUGGAGGUAUUGUCUUCUUCGCAAUCCUGUUUAAUGCCUUUGCCAGUCAACUCGAGGUGCUUACUGUGUAUGCUGAACGCCCUGUCAUUGAGAAACAACACAAAUAUGCCUUCUAUCACCAGUCCACUCAGGCCAUCGCAAGCUACGUAAUAGACCUACCAUAUAAGACUGUCAACAUGAUCGUCUUUAACGUGGUUAUCUACUUUAUGGCAAACCUUCGCCGAGAAGCUGGCCCCUUCUUCUUCUUCUGCCUGACAACAUACGUCCUUACCCUCGUCAUGUCAUGCCUCUACCGCUGGCUAGCCAGCAUCACUCGAACCGCAUACCAGGCCAUGGUUCCCAGCUCCAUCCUCAGUCUUGGGCUAAUUAUGUACACGGGAUAUACCAUCCCGGUGAAUCAUCUUCCCGGAUGGUCGCGAUGGAUGAACUACAUUAACCCGUUCGCCUAUGCAUUCGAGGCUCUGAUGGCUAAUGAGUUUCACGGCUUGGAGUACCCCUGCGCGGAUAUUGUCCCCAAGGGACCCGGUUAUGACAACCUUCCCAAUGAGUCGAUGGUUUGUUCUUCUGUGGGCGCGCUCCCUGGCUCUACCACAGUCAAUGGGGAUAGGUACAUCGCAUUGACGUAUGAGUACUAUGAGGCGAAUAAGUGGAGAGAUAUUGGAAUUCUAUUCGCCUUCUUGAUCGCUUUCUUCACGAUGUACAUCAUUGCUUUCGAAUAUGCAAAACCGCCCAAGAGCAAGGGCGAAGUCCUCAUUUUCCCGUCCGGCAAGCUGGCUCGUACCUCUGAGAAGGCUUCCAUGGAUGAUGCCGAAAUCCAGCCGCACGCUAGGAAUGAAUAUUUCCAUUCGAAUGAUACCAACGUAGUCACUGACUCCACUAGCUCUGGGCCGGUCAAUGGCGGAGCCGUGUUCCACUGGGAAAACCUGUGCUACGAUAUCACCAUUAAAGGCAAUGGUCGGCGCAUUCUUGAUCAUGUAGAUGGAUGGGUCAAACCGGGUACCUCAACCGCACUUAUGGGCGUUUCCGGCGCCGGGAAGACCACCCUCCUCGACGUACUUGCAAGCCGUGUGACCGUGGGCGUCGUGACUGGCGACACGCUUAUCAACGGCUCCCCAACAGACUCCUCCUUCCAGCACCGUGUCGGCUACGUGCAACAGCAGGACCUGCACCUAAACACCAUGACAGUCCGGGAGGCCCUGGUGUUCAGCGCUCUGCUGCGCCAAUCCGCAGAGAUCCCCAAGAAGGAGAAGCUGGAAUACGUCGACUAUGUUAUCAAUCUCCUUGACAUGCAGAGCUUCGCCAACGCCGUUGUGGGUGUCCCGGGAGAAGGAUUGAACGUAGAACAACGAAAACGCCUCACAAUUGGCGUUGAACUCGCCGCGCGCCCCCAACUGCUGCUUUUCCUUGAUGAACCUACUUCUGGCCUCGACUCUCAGACAUCAUGGGCGAUCUGCCAGCUUAUUAAGAAGCUCACCCGAAGUGGGCAGGCGGUUCUUUGCACGAUUCAUCAGCCAUCGGCGCUUCUCUUUGACCAGUUCGAUCGGCUGCUGUUACUUGCGCCUGGUGGUAAAACGGUUUACUUUGGUGAUCUCGGUCCCAAAUCAAGGACUCUAAUCAACUACUUCGAGCGGAACGGCGCCCCCAAAUGUGCCACUGAAGCAAAUCAGGCCGAAUGGAUGCUUGAAAUUAUCAAGCCAAAGACCGACGACACUGUCGGCAUUGAUUGGCACCAGGUAUGGCGAGACUCUUCCGAGUUCGAAGCAGCUAAGAAGGAACUGGCACACCUCCGUAGCCUCGCAACCGCAAUGAAGGCGAACGAAGGCACGCAAGCUUUGGAAGCCGCCGGUAGUGAGUCGUCUCAGCACCGCGAAUUUGUUGCAUCGCUCUGGACGCAAUUCUUGCUCGUUCUCAGUCGUACCUGGAAGCAUUUCUGGCGCUCGCCUACGUACAUCUGGUCUAAGAUUGGGCUAAUCGUUAUCACGUCCCUUUACAUUGGCUUUAGUUUCAAGGCAGAGAACUCUAUCCAGGGCCUCCAGAACCAGCUUUAUGCCAUCUUUAUGUUCCUCAUUAUGUUCAAUAAUAUCAACGAGCAGAUCAUGCCCAUGUUUCUCCCUCAGCGAUCCCUAUAUGAAGUUCGCGAGCGACCUUCGAAAAUUUACCAGUGGACUACCUUCGUACUCUCUAAUAUCCUAGUUGAAGCCGUCUGGAAUACGUUGAUGGCCGUCUUGGUCUAUUUCUGCUGGUAUUAUCCAGUCGGGUUUGUUGUGAACACAACGGCUGAUGACCAGACCGUCCGCGGAUUCCUCUGCUUCCUCUUCUUGUGGAUGUUCAUGCUAUUCACAAGCACAUUCUCUCACUUCGCCAUUACCUGGGUCCCCAAUGCUGAGAUUGGUGGCGUCAUUGCGAGUCUUUUGUGGAUAUUCUGCUUGGUCUUUUGCGGCGUCACAAUCCCCAAAGCCAACUUCCCCUCCUUCUGGACCUGGAUGCACCCCGUAUCCCCGGCAACCUACCUUGUCGGCGGCGUCAUGGCCGCCGCCCUCGCCGGCACAACCGUCACCUGCUCCGAAACCGAGCUCCUCCAAAUCCUACCGCCCGCCAACAUGACCUGCGGCGAGUUCCUGACACCCUUCGCGGACGCCGCCAAGGGCGUGCUGCUCAAUCCAGCCGAAGCGGUGGAGGCGUGCCGGUACUGCAUCGUCGCCACGACGGACCAGUUCCUGUCUCGCUUUGAUAUCUAUUACGCGGAUGUGUGGAGGAAUUUUGGGCUGUUGUGGGUUUAUGUUGUGGUUAAUGUUGGGGCGGCGAUGGGGUUGUAUUGGCUUGUGAGGAUGCCGAAGGGAAAGGAGCAUAAGCGGGCGUAGGUGGGUGUGGCGUGGUUAAUGGAAGGGGGAUGGAGGGAGGUUUCUUUUGUUUUUUGGUUUGUCGUUCUUGUUUCAUCUCCCCGCCCCCGCCCUUCCUUCUUCUGGAGGCUUCCUCCUCUUUUUGCGAUAUGGGACUAAAAAGAUUGCAUGUUCACAGGCGUUGGAUCUGCUGGGUAAUGUUUGGAACUAACCAUGAUAGAAACGGUGGAGCUUUUAUUUUCACUUUUUCUUUCUCCUUUUUUCUUUCUCUUUGUAUUUUCAUUCCCUUUCUUUAUUCUUUCCUUAUUUUCACUACACGUCUACUGGGUAUGCGUAUAUAUUGCAUGGUUACGCACCACUUGAACGCUGACAUCAUUAGAACGGCAUUGAUAACACAGUUUGCUAUAUUUUAAAAGUCAGAAAAUAUAUAUAUAGAAA